AUGGCGCCCGGUGAGAAGAGACAGUUGGAGAAUGUGAUCAACGAGGUGUUAAAGAAUGGCGAUUUCCAGCAGCUGCACCUCUUCUUGCAAAGAGGUGUUCCAGAGGACACCCCUAUGAAAUGCUCCCAACAGUUUGUCAACAAGUUGGAUCAACUUGUCAACAAGAGUUUGGACAGAAAUGAUCCCAAAGCAGUCAGUCUGAUCUUUGCAAGCCUCUACAAGUGUGGAAAAAACCUGAAAGUAUGUGGUACUGGCCAAGGACUCCCUGGGUUGAUAACUCGAGGUUUGGUCGAAAAGAUGGUUCAGUGGUUUGAGAAGUGCAAGCAGCUUUGGAUCCAGUAUGACCAGCAUCAGGAUGUGGCAUUCACCGUUUUAGAAGACUUCCUUAAUGUUUUGAUGAUGAUUCAUGAGGCCUGCAAAGAAGGUACAUACAAGGUCACUGAGUCUUUCCUGCAUCUUCUUGCUCAGUUGGCAGUUGAUCCCAGGGUCUACAUUCUGAUCCAAAAAGAGGCGAUUCGUGAUUUUAACUUGCUUCUGGAUAAAAUGCCAGUGGAACUGAAGAAAGAAAGGAAACUCCUAACAUCACAAGAGUUCUCAGAUCUCAUGAUGAAACUUGCUGGUCGUAUUUUAGAUGGUGGGGAUUAUGACUUUCAGUCAUCACUGAUCGAGUCGCUGUUCAGAAUGACCACUCCAGUCCAGAGGAGAGAGCUGGCUGACAGAUGGUUCAGCAUGGGGCACAUAGCCAGUGCAUUUACCAAGAUCUGUGAUUCAGAGUUUGAGACGGGUUGUCGCCAGUUUUUGAACAUGGUCAAUGGAAUGCAUGGAGACAAAAGAAGAGUAUACUCUUACCCCUGUUUGGAAGUUUUCCUCGACACACAUGAGCUCCUGAUGCCCGUAGAUGAGAAGCUCGAGGAAUUCUGGAUUGACUUCAACCUUGGCAGCCGCAGCAUUUCGUUUUAUUUUACCCUGGCUGACGCAGAGGAGAGCUACUGGGAAGCAAUGUCUAUCAACGCGAAUGAAGUUGUCAGCUACACUGUCACAGAGAAGUGUAAGAGGAAAGUCUUGCAGAUAAACAUGUCAGAGGUGGUGGUUGUUGGACCAGUGGAAGGAUCCAGUCUGAGCAUCCAUUUCAGCUCUUCCUUGGACAUCCUGCAGGCCGCUGCCAACAUCUAUGGACUCGGCAAAAACAGAGCCAUGUCGGUCGUGAAAAGUACAAUGGAAGAGAACAACACCCAGGUCAUUCCAGAGAGCCAGGUGUCUCUCAGUGGAAGUGAGAAAAACACUGCUCCCUACCUUUUACCUCCUCGCUCUGCUCCUUUGCAGAUGUCAACUCCAGCCAAACUGAGGAUUUUAGAGUCCACGCACGCCAUCGCUUGCAGUGGAGGAGGAAUGGUGCACAACGGAGGACCUUUCGCUCUUAAGAACAAAUUGUCCAUUUCUGAAAUGAUAAUGUUGCCCACACAGAAGAUCAACUCACUUCCAAAGCCUGAGUCUCGCUCGAGAUUGGGAGGAAAGCAGGAGCAUCCUCUGACCUUAAAGCAGAAAUUGUCAGUUCCAGAAACAUUUCCAGUGUGGCAAAGGAAGUUCCGCGUUGAGGUGACACAGCGUCUGCAAGGUUUACUUCACAUGGAGAACAAAGAUCCUCCACCCCAGGAACCUGCUGCACCCCAGGAAAAAGCGUCCAACAUCAAAAUAAACUCCAAAAACAGCAGCUCAGGAGAUCAGCGGAUGUCCUCACACUCUACCCCCGAAGAGCCACAGGUCCAGAGAAAAGAAAGAACCAGUGGAAAAACCAAAAGGCAAGCUUCAGCGGAUGUAGAGGCUUCAGUGGUGAAAAGCAGCAGGACCAAAACCCAGCAGGAGAAAGCAGCAUCCAAGAAGAACAAUGAUCCAGCCACUUCAAGUAAAAUGCAGAGAGACUCAGAUGUCGCCAGCAGCAUGUUAAAGCUCGUCAUGAACCAUUAUGAGAAGAAAACUAAAUCAACAAAAGAAAGUUCAGCAACUACUCCUCAGCCUUUAAAUCCUCCUCUUACUAACAGCGGUGUCCACAAGUCACCUUUGCGCCUCAACACAGCCAAGAAAGGACAACGUGCGGAAAAAAACAAGCGGCACGUGAAAAAGCAUUUAUUCAGCGACACAGACACAGACAAUGCCACGACGGAGGUCAGCUGGCUGAGGGAGUCAGGCAGGAAGCCCAAACCCAAUGUUACAAAAUACUCCAGAGAGGCGUCUAACAAGACCGCGGCGAAACCGCUUCGAACUUCAUGUCAAUCCUCAGAUUUGUUCCCAACCUCUGCAAAGGCUGUUUUGGGCAAUAGCAAACCCAGUAAGGCUGAACCCAAGAAGACAGUGAAGCGGCCAGCAGCAGCAGCAGCAGCAGCAGCAGCAGCAGGCACGAGCCCUCGAGCUGCUGUCAAGAGGCCAAAGAGAGCAGCAGCCACAUCCACCAAAAACUACAGAGAGCCAGAUAGCGAUGACAGCAAGUCAGACACUGACUUACCCCCUCUUCCUUCUAAGGUCAGGCCUCAGAAUGUCUUCAAGAAGAAAGUCGCUGCUCCCCAAGACCAGGAGAACACCGUCAAGGCUCCCCGGGUGCCAUGUAGGAUCACUCGCUACCCAUCCUCUCCUCUCAUGGAGAAGAUGAGAUAUGCAUAUUUUCAAUCCAAAUACUUCAAAUGUUACAUAAAGAGCCCUCUGACUCUCCAACCUCUUAAGUGUAAGUUGAUAUGUAGAAAAGCAUGCGUGUGUGUUGACCUUUUACUCUCUGCUCAACUUUUAAGCCAGCUGUUUGAACAUCUGUGCUUACUUUGGACCUUCACAGCUGCCGAGAGGUCAGCCCCGACCCUGGGUUCGGUCUGCUCCCCUCUCCUCAGCCCGCAGGGAUCCCCGCUGCCUGCCUCCCCUGACCCACCCAGCCAGGACAGCCCCCCACUGGUCCUGCUGCCCCCCCAGCGCCGGUCUCCAGUCAGCAGUAAAGGAAAAGGCUCACUGUCCUCUCUCUACGGAGCAGGAAAGGGUUCAUCCAAGACCAACUCAGUCCAGUCUGUUCGCUCUCUGACUUCCCCGAGAGGUCAAACUCGUGGAGCCCAUUCCACUGCGCGAGAGAAGAGUAAAGCUAAGAAAUACUUCUCUUCAGCAUCGCCGUCCCCUGUGUGUCUGCCCUCUCAACCCUUGUUGACUUCUACUGUCAACGAGCAGGACAAGUCGCCCGCCCCCUCUCCUCCGCAGUCGCCAUUACCUGAAGAAACUCUCAGCUACGGCCGCUACUACGGCAUGACCAAGAACUCCACGCCGUCAGGGCCUUCGCUGAGCCCGUCGUCCACGAAGUCCUCGGUGCUGACUGACGGCGAUAAGGACGGCCCGACUGCAGCAGCAGAGAAAACACCUCUUAGAAAAAGAGGCUCCAAGAUCGCAAAGCGUCACGGCUCAGGUCCCUGUCACAAGCGCCAUUUCUCGUCUAGUGAUUCAGAAGAUGAUGAAAAGCAGGUGAAAAAUAAAGGCAAGAUGAGGGACCAGCGUCCUCCUCGGAUGAAGCCAAGGAAGUUGUUCAAGUCUUUCACUGAGGCGUCUGCUCUGGAGAAGCUGAGGAAGGCCGGGGCUUCGGCCCACAGGAGUCACUGGGAGGACGAAGGUCUGGAUGAAGAUCUGGACGUGGAUGAAGACCCAGACGCUGCUGUGAACCCAGCCAACCUGUAUCAGCAGUUCAGCUCUGAAAUAAAAACUAAAUUCCAGAACCGUUACAGGAUGAUCGAGGCGUACCACAAGCAGUCCCUGAAGACUGUCCAGCAGCACGUCUCGUCCAUCAAAAAGCAGGUUAUCAAACACAGGACUCAGAGGCUUGAGCUGGUUCAGAAAGUCCUCUCAGAAGAAAUUAGUAAAUUGGAGCUGGACGACUCAGUGCUGAAAAGCAUGGAGAAAGACUCCACUGUGUACUGGAGAAAACAAACCACCACUCUCCGUUUGUACAAGAAGCAGGAAGUCACAAGGAAUGAGACCCUGAAGAGAGCGCUUCAGAGCACCACAUGCCAGAGUUUGGAGCAUGAGGAGGGAAUCUUCACAUCCCAGAUGGGCCUGAUGAGAAACGACAUGAAGUCAGCUCAGGACAGACUCCUCAGUAAGAUGCAAGAGAAUGAGCUGGAGAGCAUGAAGAGAGGGCUGCAUUCUUUGUUUUUCCCUUAAUGGAGCCAAGAUCUCCCCGA